CCGCCACAGAUAAACAGCUUCCUCGAUCAGUUCAUCAUCGGGCAGGAUCAUCCGAAGAAGGUGCUGUCAGUGGCCGUCUACAACCACUACAAGAGGAUCAGACACAACUGCAUGAUGCUGCAUAGUCAGCAGGCAGCUACAAGGAGGCUGAGAAGGAAGACGAACUUCUUCCCGAACGAUGUCAUGCAGCAGCAAAAUCAUGGUCAGUUUCUACCGCAGUUGAUACAACAGCACCAAGAACAACAAUUACAACUUCAGCAAGAGGAGCAGCUGCAACAAAAACUGAAAGCCAAACAACAGCCCGUAUUGGACAAGAGCAACAUCAUUCUGGUGGGACCAACCGGAUGUGGAAAGACAUUCAUGGUGAAGACAUUGGCCAAGAUGCUGGAUGUUCCAUUUGCCGUGUCCGACUGCACGGCCCUGACGCAAGCAGGCUACGUCGGAGAGGAUGUGGAGACUGUGGUCUACAAACUGCUGCAGGCUGCCGAUUAUGACGUUGAGAAAGCUCAGAAAGGUAUAAUCUUUCUCGACGAGAUCGAUAAGAUUUGCAGUUUGAAGGUCAUAGGUCACAUGAGGGACGUUGGUGGAGAGGGGGUUCAACAGGGACUGUUGAAACUUCUGGAAGGAACCAGCAUCAACCUUCCCGAAUCGAAGUCUUCGAAGUCUCGUGAGACUGUGACGUUUGACACGACGAAUGUUCUUUUCAUUGCUUCCGGGGCUUUUGACGGCAUGCAGACGAUCAUAAAAAACAGGAAGGAUUACAAGCAACUUGGAUUCGACGCCAAGACCAUCCAGCCCAUCCACAGACACUCAAGAAGCAGCAGCGGUGGUGGCUACAACGGUGACCACAGUUUCGAUGACGACACUCAGUCGCGUGAUUGGUUCUUGAAUCAAAUCGAAUCGAGAGAUCUCGUGAAAUUCGGAAUGAUUCCCGAGUUUGUUGGCAGGUUCCCGGUGAUCGUGCCAUUCUGUCACCUGGAUGCACACGUCCUCGUCCGCAUCUUAACUGAGCCCAAGGAUUCGCUCGUCUCUCAGUACCAACACCUUCUCCUCAUGGACAGCGUGAAGUUGACAUUCACUGAAGAGGCCCUGAGGGCAGUGGCUCGCGUGGCCAUCGAGAAGCAGAUAGGUGCCAGGGGGCUGAAAUCUGUCAUGGAACAGCUUCUUCUCAUCCCUAUGUUCAAUUGUCCACAGUCUGACAUUGUGGAGAUUAUCAUCACAGAAGAUGUCGUUUUACAUGGAAGUCUUCCGCAGUACGUUAAA